UCCCUGAGGUCGGAGUUCGAAUCGACGACCAUUCCUCUUCUGAUCGCUCAGCUGUCGUCGUUGCCGGAGUGCCAGGUUCUCGUCGAGCGCGUUUUCUCGUGAUUCCUCGUAGUUCCCGUGAAUCCUGAGCCGAGUGUUCUCCUCGUCGCUCGCUUGCACGUUUGAAUAGCCUCCCGCGGGUUACACGAGUGUGCUCCAGCGAGAAUCCGGGCAUGUUCGUCACGCGAAAUCGAUUCCUGUCGACCCUCGGCGCCGCGCGACGCCUCACCGUCAGCGCUGACCACGUGCACGUUGCAAGCAUGGGCGUGCGUCGCGCGUGCUCGCCUGUAUACCGUGGGAAUGCGUGCUGGAGAUUAUUGGAUCAUAAUCAUGUGCGAAUGACUCAUUCCGUAACACAACCAUGGAUAACAACCGAAGAUGAAAAUCGAGAGAUGAUGGCUCUAUGGCCGGAGGUUGUCAGUGACCUCGUACAUGGAGCUAAGAUUUCGAUGCCGUAUGAUCUUCCAGAUCUUCCCAAUGUUCAUAAAUGGAUGGCAAAAAUAUUACAGUACAUUGUACCAGGUGAAAAGAAAACUCGAGGUUUAACCGUACCUUAUGUCUACAGGUUACUGACAUCGAAUGAUCAACUUACAGAAGAUAAUAUUCGUCUGACACGGAUUUUAGAAUUCUGCGUGGAAAUGUUGCAAGCUUACUCAUUCCUUCUUGAAGAUCUACAAGACGGAUAUUAUAUGAAGUUAUUACAUAAAGAUCUGCCAUAUUGGUAUCGUAUAUACGACGAAUUGAGUCAAGCAAUAGCAGAGGAUGGUAUAAUAUUAGAAUAUUCUUUUUAUUAUGUAAUUCAAAAGCACUUUGAAGGAAAAGAAUGCUGUACUGAACUACUAGUAACAUUCCAGGAUAUAUUGUGGAAAACAAUAAACAACCAAUGGAUAGAUUUAGAAUCUACCGAUUUGGGCAUGAAACUCAAUCAUGAUUUAUUUACGAUGGAUCGAUACAAUUCUAUUGUUGAAUACAAAACGUCACAUUAUUCAUUUCUCUUACCAGUGAUCGCAGCAAUGCAUUUUGCUGGAAUAAAAGAUCCAGAGAUGUUCAAACAAGCAGAACUCAUCCUGUUAGGGAUGGGACGUUUCUUCCAAGUCCGAGAUGAUUAUAUGGCUUGCUUUGAAGAAUCCGAGGUCGUUGGCAAAUAUAAUACUGAUAUACAAAAAGGAAAAUGUACGUGGCUAAUUGUUACAGCUCUCGAUCGCGCUACUCCAGUGCAGCGUAACAUUUUAAAAGAAUGUUAUGGCUCUUCGGAUCCGGAGAAAGUGAAACGUGUGAAACAGCUCUUUAUCGAUUUGGAAUUACCAGAUAGAUAUUCUAUAUACGAAGACGAAACGUAUAAUUUACUAAAUGAACUUUUACAACAGAUAUCACCCGGGCCUUUACAUAGUUUUUUCUCGGAUCUAUUAGGGAAGCUUUAUCGCAGAGGUAUUUAAAGUGUAUAUUAAAGAAAUAGACUAAUGCAUUAAUCCUUCAUAAAUUUGAACUUUAAGAAGAAAUGUGAAACUGCAUGUGUUCUGUCUUUGUCCCGAAGGAUGAUAUAUAUUAUAAGAUCUUAUAUAUCGGGAAGAUGAAACAAUCUUAACAAAAGAAAAUUAGACAAUGUAAUCACCGAUGAGAUAUUAAAGACCGACAAUCUUAUGAGAGUUAGCGGAACCGCUAAGGAGGCCCAGGGAUAAUUGAAGAACAUUGAUAUUAUCGACCGUUUUAUGGGAUAACAAAGAGAGGAUAAUGUUAUUACUGUCAUUAUGAUGGAU